CCAGAAACCAAAAUUUAUAUAGUAGUAGAAUAAUCAGAACAGAACAGAAAAAAAACUGGAAAAUAGUUUACCCAAAAAAGAAAUUAUGAAACAUAUAUGGUACAAUAUUCAUUUCGGAAAUAAAUUUGGCAUUCAUUCAUAUAUACACAUUCAAAUAUCAUCGGCCAGAAACUAAGGAAAAAAAAAGUCAAGAUCAGUGCUUGAUUGAUAAAGAGAAAAUCAGAUAUAGCAAUCUCAAUGACAGAAUAUAUAUAUGAAAAUCUAAACAAAAAUAAAAUCUUGAGACAGUUAGUCUUUCCAUUAUUUCAGCGAAAAAAUGCAAUUGAAGUUUUUGUUCGAUUUAUGAAAAUCAGUGAGUUGUGGUGCUUUUUGUUUUUUCGAUUAGGUCGAAAUAAUCAUUACAACAAAAGAUUUAAAUAUUUCAUUCUAAGACUUACAAUUUCACUUAAAAUUCUAUGAAAGUUAUAAUUGCUUUGAUUCAAUGAUUACUCAAUCUACUUUUAUCGAUGACGAAAAGAAUGAGUGAGGAAAGUUCUGAUCAUGCAUGUUUUCAUGAGUUGAUUCAUAAACGAUCAGACUAAUUUAAAGUUGUAAAGUAAAGAGCUUUCACCACUUAUCACCGAAAUGAAAUUAACUUCUAUAUUCUUUUUACCAAUAUCUGUUUCGUGUUUCUCUCCAUUUUAUUCACGAUACAAUCUUUAUGUGAUCCAUGUACCCUGUUAAAAUAUUUAGUGAAAGCGUUGUAGAAGGGUGUGGUGUGGAUGUGGAUGUGGGUUGAUGAAUCAAAUACUAACACCUACAUCUACACCCACACCCCAUAUGAUGCUGGUGCAAACAGUUCACCAGGUCAUCUCGUACGUGAAUAUCGAGAAUCAUCAAAUAUGCUUAUUCCUACUAAAUGAACUUUACCAAAUUGUUCCUAUUAUAGUUGUCGACCAAAAUUACUUAUCAUACGAUAUAGUUAUUCAAUCGUAUUGACAAAUAUAACAAUAACAAAUUCUUCAUUAUGGACAGUAACUGUUGUUGAAAGUGAUAAUGUUCUUUUUGAUAAUGUUACAAUAAUUGAUGAUCGUCGUUGGUCGAAUAAUGAUGGAAUAGAUUUAAUUAAUUCUCGUAAUAUUAUUAUACGAAAUUCAAAUAUAUCAACUGGUGAUGAUUGUAUUGCUAUUAUAUCACAUGAUUCAUCAUCUAUGUAUAAUAUUACUGUUGAAAAUAUGGAUUUAGAAAGUACUUCAGCUGCUAUUAAAGUAAGCUCUUUUGAAGCGAAUUCUAC